GACUUAUCCGCACCCAUCACCCAGCCUCCUCUCCACGCAAACGCAACCCAACCCAAACCCCCCUAUAAAAUCCCUUCUCCCACACACAGAAUUUCACAAGCCACCCACAGACACGUACUACGACACCGAGUUUGAGCUUUGAGCUUUGAGGAGUGUGUCUGAGAGUUUGGUCAUGGCGGACAUCGCGUUGCUGGUGACGGAGGAGUUCGAGAGGAAGCUCAAGAGGGGGGCGCCGGGCGAGGAGGGCGCGGCGGCGGAGUCCAGGAGGAACUUCGGCGCCGUCAUCAAGGUGUGCAGCUCGUGGGUCGACGCCGCCGCCGCCGCCGCCGCCGCCGGGGUGACGGUCAACGUCGCGCUGCUCAACGUCGACCCCAAGUCCGGGCCCGCCGUCGCCGCCAUGGACGGCGCCUUCUCCGCCUAGUCGCUUCACAGUUUUUUCUUUUUUGUUCUUCUUCUUUUUUACUCAAAAAAAAAGAUAAGUUAAUUAGGAGGAGGAACUAGUCUAUUAUGUAUCUCUCCUCCUUUGAUACAGCUCGGUCACCGUGUUGAUGUAAAUAUAGCCGCUUAAUUUUUGUCUUUUGAUUUGAAACAAGCUCAUCAUUCAUCCAUUCGUUUUGGUUUCUCUGAAUUUGUCGAUUUGCCAUGUGUUCGAUCGAACCCACAGGAGGACUUUGACCAAAA